UGGCCUAUGGAAUCCUCCUCAUAUUUUCCCUGAUGUUACUCCAAAUGUAGCCAGUCUGCUACAGUCAAGUGAUAGCUAACAGAGUUCCAUGGUGACCUCAUAGAAGAGCUGCUUGGGAUUAAGAGGGGGAGCUGCUAUGAUGGCUUUUACUCAGGAGGACAGUUGACACUCAAAUGAACUAACUUCUUUCUGCAGGAUCCAGCAGGAUUAGCUGGUGAGAGUCAAUUAACACAUGGUCAUCUAAAACAUCUGGGGAUGAAAAAUCCAGAGAAUGAAUCUCCUCUUAAAAGAAAAUCUAAUGACUCUGAGGAAAAUCAAACCAGAUAUGACACCUCAUACCUCAAGUCCAAUAAACCCAGAAAGAAGUUCAAGGAUUUGCCUCCAGCUGAGACAAUCACAGAAAGCCUGUCUUCCUGCUCCCAACCAGAGACAGAAGCAUGUAUUGACCAGGAACAACUACAAAUACUGGAAAGAAUGUUUGAAGAGACUGCAGACCAUACUGGAGCUUUGACUAUGGAAAGUUUUCAAAAGGUGAUGAAGGAGGCAUUUUCAUCUUUGACUGAUGAAGCUGUAGAAUACAUGUUUUGGAAGGUGGAUGCAGAUUGUGAUGGAUUGGUGACCUGGCGCAAAUAUCUGGAUUACCUGAUGCGAGAGUUCCAAGGGAAGGAAGAGAUGAGGAAAGGCCAAUAUCGACUGCGUCUCCAACCACCUAUGAGGAUUGUUCCACUGAAUCAUGGACAUGAGAUUGUGAAGCUGCAAUUCUUAGCCAGUUCGUAUAAGGGAUCUAGUGGGCGCUUUCUUACUGUCACAAAAGACGGAAUCCUUCAGUUCUGGGAUGAGACCUUUAAGCUGCUCCGGACAGUCCAUCUGGACCAGACAAAUCGCCGUCACACCCAGCAGAUGUGGGUCAACGACAUGGUAUGUCUGGGCAACAUUAACCUGAUGGCAAUUGCAUCUACUGACCAGGAUUUAGAAUUCUUUGACAUUGGUGGAAACAAGUGCCAAAGGUCUUUCAUCUUUAUUGACCUGGACAGUUGUGCUUUAGUCAUGGAUUACUGGACAGACCAACAGAAAGGUGUAUUUUGUGUUGGUGAUACAAAAGGCAACGUUCUCAUCUUUGUCUCAGAUGAUAUUAUGGAUUCUGGAUUGUUUCACCCAUCUGUCUUCCAGCACAGAACAAAGAUUGAAUGUAUCGGGAGAACAGAAUCAGGUCCUUGCAUGAAAAUCUCUAUGCAGAAUCUUCUAACUAAAAAAUCUAGAACACACAGAAGUUACCGAUUGAAGGCAAUUCACUCCAACUGGUGCCAGCAGAUUAAGUUCCUUCCUCAGAUAAACCUGGUGGCCUCCUGCUCAGCUAUUGAUAAUACAGCCAUGGUCCUAACAAUUGUGCCAUCUAUAAAUGAUCAACCAAGAACCUCCACAAUGACUUCGAGGAAGGGAAUUCUUUGUUUCGAUUACUGUCCAGACAGGAAUUUUCUUGUGACAGGUGGCUAUGAUCCGAUCAUUCUCCUGUGGAAUCCCCUUUUUAUAAAGAAACCCAUGUGGCGGAUGAAGGGACACCAGACCUCAGUGACUCAUGUUGUUGUGAAUGGAAAAAGCAGCUGCAUCAUCAGCAUCUCCAAAGACAAAAACAUACGUCUAUGGGAUACACACAACUUCUUGUGUUUCCAGUCAUUUUCAGGAAGAUUUUUUGCUCUGGGGAAUCAUCCUAUUACCAGUGUUUACUUCCACAUGGCCAGUGACACCUUUAUUUGUGGUACCUAUUCGAUUGGGAUUCUUAACGGCUAUCUUGAGGCCCAAGUAGGCAACUGGAAAAAGAUGGAGGAAGAGAACACUACCCACCAUACAAGUUUAUGUGGGAUCCUUUAUAGCAAGACUUUCAGGCAGGUGGUGAGCGGCUGCCUGAAUGGUGUGGUGAGCGUGUGGGAGAUGAUGACAGGGAAGAAGGUGAUGGAAUUUGCAUCAUCAGAUUCUAAAGAUAUGGAGCUCACAGCAAUGGCCCUGGAUGAGUUGGAACGAUGUCUCAUCACUGGCAUGAGAAAUGGAACAGUCAAAAUGUGGAAUUACAAUAUUGGGGUCUGCCUGUUGAACUUUCCCAAUCCAGACCAAAUGGAGGUCAAUGGAGUUGCUCAUAUGAAUGGGGUGUUCUAUGUGACAGGAUGGAGUAAGAGGAUAACUUGGUUCCUGUAUCGAAACAAUGAAGCAGUCCCUCUGUUUGACUACUGGCCUUACUAUCACACUGAGGAUAUCUUGUUUCUGGCCAAGUACCGUAACAACAUCCUGGGAUCAGCUUCUUACAAUGGUGACAUUUUCAUCUGGAAUGUCAACUGGGGGAAGCCCCUUGUUUAUUUCAAUGCUUCCAAGAGCCCCGGGGCCUUGAAGCCCAAGAAGGUCUUCAAGGAGGAGUACUAUUUGACACUUGCCGACUUAAUGAACAGGACAGCCAACAAGGUCAAGGUGAAGUCCUGGGCAAAGAAGAACCCCUGGCGGCCCUCGAGUAGGAGUUCUGACAAGACUCAGAUGCAGAGGAACCUGAUGUCUGCUCCACCUGUGAUAAAAGGCUUGGGAGCAAACACCCAAAGCAAGCAGCGUGCUCCUCUUUCUUCCCAGAAACCUUUCAGCGCAAACAUCAAACCAGCACAGGAGAAGACGAAACUUCAAGAUGGAACCUGGACCCAGAAUAGAGUUUUGAAGAAAGAAAAUGAGGAUUAUAUUAGGCAGGAAGAAAAACAAUCAGUGACGUCUGUGGAGAAGAUCAUUUUUCUGCCCACUCGGCAGCGGACACCUCGAACAGCCACCCUUCUGAGCAGUGGGGGCAAUGGCAUUAUUUAUGCCUGGUCGAUUCAUGACAAAGGGGGCAUGCUGGGAAAGUUCAAGCCAGCAGGUAAUGAAAAUCAGGAUUCAGUGGUUGGUGCCAUGGCCAGCGAUGAAAAGGACUGGAUUCUAGUAACAGGAGACUCUAAAGGGUACAUCAAGAUCUGGGACAUCAAGGAGUACUGUAGGCCAGCCAGUGAACAGAAGUUAUCCCCUGUCUGGGAAGAUAAAGAAGCUCAGGAAAAUACUUACCGGAAGUUAAUUUUUGCAGAGAAUAAAGUGGCAAAACAGCCUGAACCCCCCCUGAUACCUGAAGAGGAGGUCAAUGGCGGCCAUUCCGUUUCCCUAAUUCCUCCAGAGCUCCUAAUCUCCUGGCGGUCUCAUAACGGAGGUGUGACUGAUAUCGUCUAUGGGGACCGUUUCCAUGUGAUCAUCAGUGCUGGUGCGGACUUUAACGUCAAAGCCUGGACGAUCUUUGGCGAGGCUAUUGGAACAUUCGGCUUACACAUUUGGAGAAGACUUGUGCCUGUGGGGAAGUUGGAAAACUUAAAAAAAAUGUCCAUCCAUGAGACAACAGAAGAAAUUGAUUUAAAGGAAACCUUUAAAGAAGAUGAAUACACAAAGGUCCUAAGAGAGCAACGGAAGGAUCAGCUGGAAUUGAUGUCUCUAUUACAUAGCAAGUCCCCAGAGGCCAUGGCCAAGCUAAAGGAGAUGGCUGAACAAAGCAUGCUGGGGUCUGCCAAAGCUGGCGAGGGGAUCGAGGACAGUUGGAAUAAAUGGACGACGUCUGGGAUGAUGAGAAGUGACAUCGUUGGAAGGGCUUAUAAACCGAAGGAACGGCUACGCAAGACUGAGACCAUGAUGUCACCAAUGAGAUUUAUGACGGAAAGAGAGAUCUCUCCUUGGAUCUAUAGGAGUCUCCCGUACAAAGAGCUGCAAGAUUUGACCCGAUCCAACAUGGCCAUCAUGAAAACAACUAAGAUUCCCAAGAAAAAACAUGUUUGGGUAGUCACCCAGCAGAUCAUCAGGAGCCUCGCUUUGCCCAGGCAGCUGUCCAUUGAUGCAUCUAUGCAGUCUCAGAGCUUCUCUUAUUCUACCUCUCUUAAUUCUUCAUCCAAGACUUCUUCAGUCACUUCAAUAUCUUCUUUUAAGCUGUCUUCGGAUAUCUCCUCCCUUUCUUCUUUAAAGCAGACAUCGGUCUCAUCAUCAGCAGCCUCAAGGAAACAAUUCUAUUCUUCCACUGUAUCUUCCAAGAAAAGGAUGCUUUCAAAUUCUUCUUUAUCCAUGGCCACCAAAUUGUCCCUCGUAGCCACUUCAAUGCCUUCAGUAAAGAAGCCUUCGAUCCCAGAAAUAAAGCCUUUGAAGUCAAUUCUGUCAUCCCGAGUCAGGUUUUAAAGGAUGACCUCUCAUUGAAGUUGCCAGUCCACUGAAGGGAACACAGGAUAUUGAUGGACUCUUUUCUUAUUUUGCCAGGCCAAUUAAAGUGUAGGCUUGGUUGCUCCACUCUACCACAAAAUUCCCCUCCCAGAAUUAUUCCCCUCUCCUAUUGAGAUCUAUGUGUCACUUCUUCAGGAGAGAGAAAUAAAUUUUGUUUUGGGGUCUCAGAUUAAGUUGUAUUAUCCCAGGAUGUAUAUGUGGGGAGGGGGGGGAGGAGACCCUUUCUCAGAGGGAUGGGUCAUAAUUUCAUUUUCUAGGUCCAAUUAUCUCAUAUCUAGAAUUUCCACAUAACUCACUAAUGGGGUCUUUUUGAGAGUAUGUCUGAUGUGACCAUGGUCUAAGGGCAGAGAAUUUAGCUUUAAGCUGGAGACUUUAAAAAGGCUGCCAAAUUCUUUUUUGAAUUCUCUGUUAAUCAACAAUAUUUUGACACUGGCUAUUUUAUGAAUAAGUGUCUCUGACUUCUUUUAAGUCCCAACUAAGAUUCCAUCUUUUACUGGAAGCUUUCUCUAGCCCCUCAAGUCUAAUGCCUUCUCUCUGUUAAUUUUUUCCUAUUUAUACUGUACAUAGUUUGCUUGUAUAUAUUUGUAUGCAUGCUAUCUCUUCCAUUAGAUUAUAAGCUCCUUGAGGGUAAAGACUGUUUUUUGUUUCUUUUUGUUAUCCCCAGCACGCAUGUAGUAGGAUCUUAAUAAAUUUUUUUAAUUGA